AUGAAGGUAAUCGUCAAUUUUGAUACUGAAUUAGCUUUAUUUCGUCAAAUGGCUUUGAUUGGAGAUUUGUUUGCAAUUACUGAUGAGUUAGAUAGUCAAUUAGUUCGUUUGGGCGUCUUUAAAUCGAAUGACGAUUCAGCAGCAUCAGGUUCUAAAUUACUUACUCAAGCAUAUGAUGGAAUCAAAAAUGAAUCACGUGGAACCGGAACAACAAAACAUGUUAUUAAGAAUGGCAAAUUAGCGAUUUUUGGUGCAUCAACUGGACAACGCUAUACCUUCAAUAUUCGUAAUUUUUUUCAAAAUAUCGGCAAUGACGGUGUCAUUGUCCGAAUGUCUUACUUGGUUAUGCCUCAUAGUGGAUCAAAAUCUAUGUGUAAUCAAUUACCUAUUUCGAUGCCCAAUGUUCUACAUAUUGGUGCUGUUAUAUCACUAAUGGUCAAUUCCGGCUAUUCCGUACAAUUAUGUUUUGAAAAACUCCAAUCAGAUCUCGAUGAUGAAACACCACGUAAGGUUUUUUGA